CCGUCUCCUCUCGGUUGAAUAGGAACAGAGGAGCGUCUGUUGACAGGGGCAGGACUCUGGAAAAUAUGGUGGGAGUUGCAGAAUUUUAAGGGGGUAACAACAACGGGACAGAAGUGAUGCAGGGACCUAUAAGCAGUGGUUUAAGUCAAGACAAACCCUGCUGGAGUUGUUGUUGAUGAUGCUGUUUUGCCGUAUUGCUGGCGAGACUGAUGACAGCUGACAGCCGCGCGAAAGUUCAAGUGCGAUCAAGGAGAUCAUCGAAAAGCAAAGCACCACCUCCUCCUCCUGUCCUGAAAGGCCUGGAUGCUCCACUGCUGAGCCACAAGCUCCCAGCGUACCUUCACCCAGCCAUGGAGCAGAAGGAGAACCUGCUGGAGCAGGACCUGACUCUCACCGUGGUCCUUCCUGAAGGGGUGGAGAAGACCACGGUCGUCCAUGGCAGCAAGCCCAUGAUGGACCUGCUGGUCAUGCUUUGUGCGAAGUACCACCUGAACCCGUCUGGCCACACCAUAGAGCUCAUCACCACCAACAGAAACCAUGUGAAGUUCAAACCCAGCGCCCUCAUCGGAGCGCUAGAGGCUGAGAAGAUCCUGCUGAAACCGAAAGGCAUGGAGGACAAAAGCAAAAAGACAGGACCACAGAUGCCUGAGGCAACCGUACGAUUAGUAAUCAACUACAAGAAAACCCAGAAAACCAUUCUCCGGGUUAGUCCUCGGGUUCCUCUACUACAACUGCUUCCGGCGAUCUGCGAGAAAUGUGAAUUCGACCCGCAGACCACGGUUUUAUUACCAAAUGUCCACUCAGAAGACACUUUGGACCUGAGCGGCUCCCUCAAUGAUUUUGGCCUGAGGGAAGUGUAUGCGAGAGACACCAAAGUUAUUAGCCCUGUAAGUCCUAUUAGUCCAGUAAGUCUGCCUCCAUCUCCAACUCACUCAGAAAUAUUUCAUCAUGGGAAAGAGAAAAUCCAGAAGGAGAAAGAAAAGAGGCGAUUCAGCUUAUUUCGUAAAGGAAGUAAGAAGCAAUCCGAACAGUCUAUGACCGUGAGCGCACCGGCAUCUCCAGUGCACAGGAAGCAGAGGCCGGUUAGCAUGAGUUCCUUCAGCGCGCAUUCGCCCAUUACAUAUGAUUCCAACACCAUGCCCUCCGACAUGCCAAAGAAAAGACGAGCCCCGUUGCCGCCGAACAUGAUGUCACAGAGCAUGCCUACUGACCUCGGUCAUCAAACCCCUGUGCAUCCCGAUGGCAACCAGAAUAUGGCCCCUUUAAGCCGGGGAUCCUCGACAGAGUCGUCCUUCAAGAAAUCCACCAAGCGGAAAGCCCCUCCGCCCCCCACCUCGAGCAGCGCAGCCCCUCCUGAUGAAACCACACAGGACAGAGGCAUGACCGAAGUGACGUUGGCGUCUCCUCUGGAGGAGAUCAGGGAACAGGAGGAGAUGAAUGUGAGCGCAGAAGGUCAGGUGACUGCUGUGGAGGAGGAGGAGGACGACAGCAGCCUCAACCUGUCUGCUGACAUCUCUCUGGACUCGGGCCGGGUUGGGACGGCAACUCCCUCUCAGGAUUCAGAGAUUCUGGAAAGUGGGAUGGCCAGAGACAAUCCAUCAUGUGACCAGUCCACAGAUGCGGCAGUUGCAGAAGCCACAUUGAAAGGAGAGAUUAAGUCGGACCAGGCCACAAGCUCUCAUAGCCCUUCAGAAGAGAUAGAGCCCCCGACGGAAAAGACAGAAGAGGUGAUGAAAAGUGUCCCUGUUCUGGAGGAGGUUUCUGUGAGCUCCACAGAAAAGCCUACAUCUUUGUUCAACAAGCUUCAAACCUCUGAAUGCGGCAUCCAGACAUCGCACAUGGACUUGCAAGCACAGGGCACAGAGUCCAGCCUCGAAGACCAAGUGCCGAAAACCAUCCCCAGUUCGGUCAGCUUCGCUCACACUGAAACGCAGAUGGAGCCCCAGAAACCCUCUACUGAGCCAUCGAGCUCAUGCACUGAACCCUCCACAGCUCCAUCUGAGUCCCCAAUGGGACUGAAAAGAGACAUGGCCACCUCCACAGAAGAGCUGCGUCUUCCUGAACCACCUUUGCUUGCGAUCCAACCAACUAAGGAUCUUACAUCCACACUAACCUCUAAAGCAAAUACUGUAAAGCAUAUCGUAGAUGGCGAACCCAAACCCAAACCAUCCAAUGAGCUCACCCGUGAAUACAUUCCCAAAGUGGGCAUGACCACCUACACCAUUGUGCCUCAGAAGUCUCUCGAAAAGCUGCGUUUCUUUGAAGUUGAGUUAACUUUGGAGCCCAAUGUAGAAUACAAACCUGACACAAAGACCGUCUCCAAUGGCACAGUUGCUGCUAACGGCCAUCAGAACGUCUUUGCGCAAACUAGUCCUUGUACUUCACCUCUAGCUGCCAUUUCAUCCCCUGUAGAAGGAACUGAAUGCAAGAAAGUUCCACCGGCAACAAGACCCAAACCAGCUUCUUUCCGCCAGCCGCAGCACAAACGAACACCCGGGGAUUACGUAACCUCCGCGGCCGUUCGCAGAGCGAGUGUGGGCAGUAAUAGCAGCAGUUGUUGUAGCAGUCCUGUGACCCAGCCCAAAGAAACCGCAAGAAGCCCGCAAUCAGAUGUGUUUCCUGCACUGGACAACUUACCUCCUCCACCGCCACCGGUGCAAUGGGAAGCAAGAGCCAGUGAUGCACCUCGAACUGCAGAGGUGGAUGUACCUCCACCCGAAGCUCCCAAAUUUCCACCGUCAUCUGUAGUGUCCCGCCAGAAGAGUCUUCCCACAAACCCCCCGCCUUCACUGAGUCUAGAGAAACUGAGAAGCUUCGCCGCUCCCAAACCGUACUCGCCCUCUUCGCCCUCUCGUUUCGCUCAGGCAGUGUCUUCUGCAGUGAAGAGGUCCCAGUCGCUUUCCCAUCAACCCCUGGGGCAGUUACCACGCACGCAUCUUCUCACAAAACAGAGAUCCAUUACAGAGUCCCCUGAGCCACCAGUCAGCACUGUGACAGACAAUGGAGAAGGACGCACAGAGAGAUCCGGAGAGGCCCCAUGGCAAACAGCAGGCCACGGCGGCCCAGCGCCGAGCUCCACCCGAGACGGAGGCAUGGGAACAUGUAAGAUUGGAAAUACCCAACCGUCACCAGGGUCUGAAGCAUCUUUAGCGCCGUCUGCCACACUGAAGGGAAUGUCUGAAGUCUUUCAUUCAGUGGAAGAAUGAAGUGUGCCUCCACUGAUGGAAUUCCAGCAUCACUUGUUCUCAAACAUUCCGCAGGUCAAGAGAAGAUCUUCCAUCUCCAUUUUUUUGCAUAAUCAUGAUUUUUAGGUUUCUCACAAAUCAAAAGACUUUCAGACUUAAUAUUUUUGUUUGAUCUGGAUCUGGUCAGAACUGUGCAGAGCGCAGUCUUCCACUUCUACCAAUUACAGUGUACUUGUUUUCAUCUUUCUUUCUUUCUUUCUUUAGU